AUGACUUUCGCGUGGAAAGCCGCUGGCAUUACCUACAACCGGUACCUGGCCAUUGCCGGCCGCGCGGUCCGCCGCAGUCUGAAGGAGGACAAGAGAAUUGCUGCUGAGCGCCGCGGCGAGAUGGAGUUGCGGUUCGCCAAGUGGAACAACGGCAAGCAGGGUGAGCUACAGAACCUUGCCGAGGCCAACAACGCCGCGGCCGCUGGCUCGAGCUCGUAUCCCCCCACCAUGUCACUUUUUAGCGGCGGGUUGCUUGGAGGAGGGCGGGAUACCAGGGAUGCGAACGGCGAUGGUGCCGUAUCUAAUAGUCUCUCCGGCCUAUCCAUUGCGGAGGAGCGGAAGCCAACCGUGUCUCCCACUGUAACCAGCCAGGGCGUCAUCUCCUUUGAUAUAACAGAAAGGUUUAUCAAUGCAGCCAAAGCUCUCAAACCGGGAGGGCUAGUCAAGGAUGGUUACUUUACGCUUUUCGAGUCUGUCGGGGCCCUCGAGAUCAUGGAUCCCAAAAUGGACAGUGGUUGUCUGGCAGAUGGCGAAUCCCUUGACCCUGACUACAAUGUCACGGAGCCUCUGCUUCCUACAGAAGUAAUUGGUAUCAUCGAUCAGCUGCUAUGCCAUGAGACCAUCCUCACCAGUGUUCAUAUCACCAGGAUGAUGGACCCAACACCUCAGACGAUUGAUGAAGCUCACUUUAUUCGCCAGGGCGAUUUUAACAUCUCAGAAACUGGAAAUGAUAAUGACCGCGAACUGGACGCCGCAAUGCAUACUAUCCUGCGCGCGUAUUGUCUGGGACUUUUGAAGACAUGUUGGUACGUAAACGAGCAGAUCAAAAGCGAACAUUACUACGAGGAGGAGGACUUUGUGACAAAUACAUACAACCAGAGUCUAUUGGAUAACAUCAGUCGGGAGGAGAUACGGGACAACAUACAGGAUGCCCGGUCUAUAGUCCGUCGUCUACAGAAUGUCUUGACCAUGGAAAUUAUCGAGGCGCUUGACUAUCGUCUAGAGCUGCGGUAUGCGAUUCUCCGGGCCAUCGAGCUCACGGGCCUGCGCGGCAACCCCGACUCGAUCAAAAUGCCCUGGGUAGAGCUCAAGGCCGUCUUGGAACAGGUCAACUCUUCCCACUACCUUGGACAACCAGUCCCAGAUGCCUUUAGCCCAAAGCUGCAGCGACGCUUGGCUAGUACGAUGCCACCACGGCCGAUUGUCGAGCUUGAGUUUUCACAAGCCUACGACAUGUGGACUGCAUUCGUCGCGGAUGGUUUGGAGAUUAUACAAGUGCUCAACUACCACGACUCCCAGACUCUGCUAAACUUUGUAUUUUGGUUUCAGGCCAAGAAACCGCAGCCGAUAGUCUUUAUUCGCACUCUCCUAGAGAGCUACAUAUUCAAGGAUCAAAUCAUCCUGGGCACCAAGAGUAUCCGGCAGCUGAUGGAUGACGACUUCUCCCUGGUUGUCAUGCCGUGCAGCCUACUUCUCGAUCCGCAGAACGACUCGAUCGAGGUACCGCACGACCCUCGAUACGCAAUCGCAUACCAGAUGGAGGUGUUCCGACAGCGUGCUGCGCAGCAUUACCUUGAAAUAUUUCAGUGCCUCUGUCAAAACCGUUGCCGCGCGCGGCGAAAUAUGUGUCAUCUUAUAAAUGAGCUGGACCUGGUACAGAUCGACGCCGAAGAGGUCGAUCAGCUGCUGAGAAUAGCCGUGGAGGAGCAUCCGCUUAAACAACAGACGCGCCUGGAUCCCACAGACCCCAACUCGACCUCAAACGCCCUCCCCUUGUCAUCGUGGGUGUACCUCUACAAGCUUCGGCUGAUGGAGUGGAUCGUUCAACUCGGCUUCGAACUCUCCCUCUAUGCCCCCGACGAGUUGGGGGGCAUGUACUGGUACUUGACGUAUCUGGCGCAGAAGCGGAUACAUCACCUCGAACGCAUCAAAAAGUUCACUCUUCUUAGCAUGCACGAGCUACGGCUGAGGCACAAAUCGAGCAAGAAGGGUAUCGAUGACCUCAGCGAUCUGCCACCGGAACAGGAGGCUCUUCUCACGCGGUCCCUGUCCUAUCUCCGCAACGCGAUGAUCGACGCCGCCGUGACCAUGGAGCUGGCAACGGCGCUGCACUGCCUGUACACGGCCCUCUACCGGUUCGAACUCAUCCGUCCCGCGCCGCCAAACUGCUUCAGCAACGGCAAGCUGCGGUACGAGGUGCGCAUGAAGCCGUUCGCGGGAAUAGGGCUGCCAGAGCUACCUUCGUACGAGCUCUACUCGCGGCAGUCCACACUAAGGCACCUCGCCACGACGGCCGAGGUGCUGGACGUGGCGGACAAGGCGGUCGCCAGCGCGCGAAAGGCGUAUGAGCACGUCGUCAAGUUCACCGAGAAGGAGGCGUUCGCCGUGGGACCCACGCACCAGCGCUGGCUUGCUGGCACCAAGAGCUGCAUCAAGUCUUGCAUCGCGACGGGCAUAGCCAUAACGAGCCUGAGGCAGAGCGGCGCGUCGCUGCGUGCCGAGGUGCCACUUCCAGAUGAGUGCUAUAAUCCAUGGUGGAUUGUGCCCAAGGUCGGUGCCAACAACCCGGAGUAA